CUAUGAGUCUAUGAUUUUCACUAUGGUUUUAAACUUCGAUGACUUGCUUGCUUGCAUUUGAUUUUCUUUCAUGUGGUAAAAUAAAAACUAUAUCAUCAUAAUUCGGUAAAAGCUUCAUUAUUUAAUAAUAUUUUCUUAGUACUACUUGUUAGUGUAAGUGCGUGCAAAAUGGCUCCCAGCAAGGAAGAUAUUUUGCGGCAAUUUUGUGAUGUUACCGGCGCUGAUGAGAGCCGCUGCAAGUUCUUCUUAGAAUCUUCUAACUGGCAGCUCGAUGUUGCCCUGUCAAGCUUCUAUGAGCACGGUGGUAACAUAGAGGAAGCUGACAAUGAGCCUGCUCCUCCACCACCAAUAAUGCAUCUGUCGGACAGUGACAUGGAGUCCCCGCCGCUGUCUCCUGUGAUGCCGGAGAAAAAGGAAAAGAAGAAGCCAAAAGACCCACACUUUGGCACUUUGGCCUCUCUGCAGCAGGAGAGCUCCAGUGAAGAAGAAGGUGAAGCCUUCUAUGCUGGGGGUUCAGAAAGGUCAGGACAACAGAUACUGGGACCAGGGAAAGGUCGGAAGGAUAUUGUCACAGAAAUGUUCAAGAGUGUUAGAGAACGGGGCGCGGUAGUGUUCGACGAGGAGCAAUCGUCAUCGAGCCGCGGUCGAGGCGGGGUAUUCAGUGGAGUUGGAUACAGAUUAGGUCAAACAGCGGAUGACCAUGAACAGGUUACUCCAGGCAGGACGGCAGGACAACAGGAGAACCAGCCCCGCGCAGUCCGCUUGCAGUUAUACCGCGAGGGUUUCUCCGUGGAUGGCGGCCCCCUACGUCAAUACUCAGACCCUGAUAACGCGGAGUUUCUUGGCUGCAUACGACGGGGGGAGAUACCAGCAGAGUUGUCGGGUAGAGGUGAGGUGCGGCUAAGCUUGGAGGACAGGCGACACGAGGACUGCCCGCGCGCCGCCUCGCGCCACCAGGCCUUCUCUGGGAAAGGGCAAAUGCUUGGCAGUCCCACGCCAGCCACAGUGGGCGCCACAGUGGCAGUCGCGGCGUCGUCCGACGACCGCGCGGCCAACCAGCGCGCCGCGCAGGAAGCCGUCGCAUUGGACGAGAACAGCCCAGUCACGACUGUGCAGUUCCGAUUGGCCGAUGGAAGUCGUCUCACAGGUCGGUUCAACCACACGCACACAGUCGCUGAUCUCAUACAAUACGUGUCUCGAGCCGAGCCCAUCUACCAACUCCAGCCCUUCGUGCUCCUGACCAGCUUCCCCAGCACUGAACUAUCGGACCGCUCCGCCACACUAGCGCAGGCCAACCUACUCAAUACCACCCUGUUGCAGCGGCUAAAGUAGUGUAACAUACUGUGAUGCCUAGUGAUACAGAUUUUACAUUAAAUAUUACAACUACAUUGAAUACAUGUAUGUUUCAUUAGCAAACACUUAUCGCAAUAAUUAUAAUAUUUGCCUUCAUUGAAACUAACCUGCAACGCUGGCGUAGGCUAACCUAAUAAAUACCACUCUGUUGCGCGCAACAUACUGUGAUGAUGCCUAGUGAUACAAACACAUUAAAUAUUAUCAAAUACAUGUUAUGUUAUAGCGAAAAAAAACUCAAAACGAAAUCUCUUAAAACCUACAGGCUUAAAUUUUUGUAGUUAGGUUUCUUACAUGAAUUAAAAAGAAUGCUUGGAAAAACUCGCGGGUUUGGGAAAUACUCGUAUGGGGAAAAGUUAUUAACUUUAAAAAAUACCCAUAAAUAAAGUGAAGUCAAGACAGUUGUUUCAGACGAAAAUAUAAUAUUACAAAAACAAAGACUUCUCAAUAUUACAGUAGGUACCAAACUUCUUAAAAAAGAAUACUAUCUUAUCUUAAAAGAUAAAAACGUUUCCAAUAUUAUUCGGUCAAGCAUUUCUUUUGUAAAUACAGCUGCCUCAAAAAAUAAAUUCACUUAUUGAAUUAAAUAGCAAAAAAACUAUCAUAAUAACUAAUUACCGUUUAGUAAAAAAGACAUUAGACUUAAAUUAAUUUUUGGUUAAGUUAUAUAUUAUGCUACCUUAAAAAAAUUAAUAACUAGAUUCAGGUUUUGUAAUUUUGUAUCAUAAUUAUCUAGAAAUGUUAAUUCAGUGAUUUGGUUUAUUAUGUUUUAAAAAGUGAAUUUACUGUGAAUCCGUGAUUGUUGUAUGGAAGUAAUAUAAUUUUAUUGUGCAAAUAUAUUAUUAUUUCUUAAAU